AACGUAGCCAAAAAAAAAAAGAAAAACAAAAACUACUUUUAUAAAAUCCAGUUGCCACUGACUGAGUAACAAAAGAGAGUUCAUCACUCCAACCUAGAAAAAUGAUAUCUCACCUUGUAUAAUCCUACUAUAUAUAUAUAUAUAUGAUUUUACCAAAUUAAAUUUCAGUGAGAAAGUCAUGUUUUCGAUUCUUAGAUAUUUGUUUUGUUUGUUUGUUGUGAUUGCUUGUGUAUUCGUUCUGGUUCGAUUGUUCUUGUAUAGGACUGCUUUGAUUUACGUUUUGAAGAGAUGGUUGCAUUGGAUUGAAGACAGAGUUCAUGUUCACCAGUGCUUCAGAGUGCCCGAAUUGAAUGAGAAUUUUCAAGAGAAUCAACUUUACAGGAAAGUCUACACUUACUUGAAUUCGUUGGCUACGAUUGAGGACUCCGAUUUCACCAAUCUCUUCUCCGGAAAAAAAUCAAAUGAGAUCGUUCUCUGCCUCGACGAUGAUCAGACGGUUCACGAUGAGUUUCUCAGAGCCAGAGUGUCGUGGACGAACGAGGUUGUGAGAGGGAGUGAUCAGAUACGGCGAAGAACCUUUGUGUUGAGGAUCAAAAAGAAGGAUAAGCGUCGGAUUCUCAGACCUUAUCUUCAACACAUUCAUAUGGUUUUGGAUGAGAUUGAGCAGAGGCGGAGGGAAGUGAAGCUGUACAUGAACACGCAAUCUGAUGAUCAGAGAAACGGACGGUGGAGAUCGUUUCCGUUCACGCAUCCUUCGACUCUCGACACGAUCGCCAUGGAUUUGGAUUUGAAGCAUAAGGUCAAGUCCGAUCUCGAAUCGUUUCUCAAAUCCAAACAGUACUAUCACCGACUCGGCCGAGUCUGGAAGAGAAGCUACCUACUCUACGGUCCCUCCGGUACCGGAAAAUCUAGCUUUAUCGCCGCCAUGGCAAAUUUCCUCUCUUACGAUGUCUACGAUGUCGAUCUCUGGAGAGUUUCCGACGAUUCUGAUCUGAAAAUGCUUUUGUUGCAGACGAAGAACAAGUCUGUGAUUGUAAUCGAAGAUCUCGAUCGGUUCAUGGUGGAGAAAUCGACGGCGUUGAGCUUCUCCGGUGUGUUGAACUUCAUGGAUGGCAUUGUGAACUCGUGUUGCGGAGAUGAGAGAGUGAUGGUGUUCACGAUGAACAGCAAAGAUCAAAUCGAUCCGGCGAUACUCCGGCCGGGAAGAAUCGAUGUUCACAUAUAUUUUCCACUCUGUGAUUUUAAUUCUUUCAAGAGUCUAGCGAAUAGCUAUCUAGGGCUCAGGGACCACAAGUUGUUUCCGCAAGUGGAGGAGGUGUUUCAGGGCGGCGCGAAGCUGAGCGCGGCGGAGAUCGGCGAGAUCAUGAUCGCCAACCGGACCUCGCCAAGCAGGGCGUUGAAAUCUGUGAUUACGGCGGCGCUGCAGACCAACGGCGAUUCGAGAGUGGCCGGAAAAUAUGGCCGGAGAUCUUGGGAGAGCUCGUCGCCGAGACUGUCGGCGGAUGACUCCGGCGAGUCCAGUGGAUGCAAAGAGAGUUUGGUUCCAGUGAAAGAGAUACGGAAGUUGUACGGUCUAUUGAAGUUGAAAAGCAGUAACACAAUUGGACCGUCGGAUCAUGAAUCACAGCUGAUCUUAAGGUGAUGAUUGUAUAGCAACAUGGUGGGCCUUGUUAGUGAAAAAAUUGAAAAUUUUCAAAUGAGUUUUACUUUUCACUAAUCUACAAUUGAGUUCUAUUAAUACUAUUCCAAUCCAUCAACAUUUAUGCUAAGCUAAUAGAACUAAAUUGAUUUUGAUAAGGAAAAAGUAAAAUUUAUUGAAUUUUUAUUUAAAUGUUCAAAAAGCUAAGAUUAUAUUUUGAUGACAAGAAUUCUCUAUUGAAGAAGAUUUCCAACAAAAAAUAAAGCAUAACAAAUUUGAAUUGUUCUUGGGUGAAUUUUAAUUUUCAUUUUUUGAAAGUUUGCUUAUUUUAAAUUGGUGAGUUGGCAUUGCUCACAUGUACAUGAAUUUUUUUUUUUUUUGGGAGGUGGUUCUUGGGUGAAUUUUAAUUUUCAUUUUUUGAAUGUUUGUUUAUUUUAAACUGGUGGGUUAGCAUCGCUUACAUGUACAUGAGUUUUUUUUUCUUUUGGAACAAUAUGAAGGAGUAACUAUGCUUAUCUAUUUGAAAUUUUGGAUAAUAUCGAUGAUUUGUUCUCCGUGGUAUGGUGUUUAAUUAGGGGAGAGGUUUCUAGUUUAUUGGGUGGAUUAAAGUGUAUUGUCGUAUUGUUAGGGUUCUUGGGUGAAUUUUAAUUUUAAUUUUUUGAAAGUUCAUUUAUUUUUGGUGGGUUGGCGUCGCUUACAUGUACAUGAUUAUUUUUUUUGGGAGGGUAUAGAACAAUAUAAAGGAGUAGCUAUGCUUAUCUAUUUGGAA